ACACACACACACACACACACGACAGGACUCGCUGAAGAGUAGCGAGAGAAGUAUCUGAACUGGCAAUGGGACACAUGUCAGUUAUGGCCUGCAAAAACUCCUGCAAAGACUUAAACGGAACCCCGAGGAAUUUAUAAAACCUGAUGAAAAAAAAAUACAAAAUCUAUGGAUUAUUCUGAAUAAUAUAUAUUGUGUAUUUAACUAAGACAAAUAAAGUAAUAACGUCUGCUUUUGGAUUUUCAGUUGAACUUUAUUUUUAAGUCGCCGUUUGUGUCACCAGGUGUUUUUUUUUUUCUUUUCUAAUCUAAGCCUAAUGUGAAGUCUUCUACCUACUCUGUCAAAAUGGGUUUUGGAUACGAACUGCAACUUGGAUAUGGCUUAUUUUUAAUGUCCAUUUCUUCUCUUUUAACAACUGGUCAAUCAGAUCUAAAAAAGAACAUCACAAUGGCUGUGAUGCUGCCCAACAAUUACAGCAAAUAUCCCUGGGCUCUGCCAAGAGUCACUCCAGCCAUCCACAUGGCAAACGAAGCGAUUCAGAAGGACGACAGACUGUUGAAGGGGUACAACAUCACCGUGGUGACCGAAAGCACUGAGGACGAAGGUAGUGGAUGCUCUCAGACACUAGCCCAAAUAAACGCCGUGGAUUUAAAGCUGUACACGAACCCUGACGUUUUUGUCGGACCUGGAUGCGUGUACUCUGCUGCUUCAGUGGGCAGGUUUGCUACGCACUGGAAGCUCCCUCUGAUCACAGCUUGGGCUCCCGCUUAUGGGUUCGCCAAAAAGGAUGAGUACAAGACUAUUGUCAGGACGGGGCCGUCCACUACAAAACUUGGAGAGUUUGCCAAUUAUGUCCACUCUUAUUUUAACUGGACUUCCCGGGCUGUUAUAAUCUAUCAUGAUAUCAAAACGGAUGACCGCCCCUAUUACUUUCUAAUUGAGGGUAUCUACAGCAUCUUGGAGUUGGAAAACAUUACUGUCGGUGCCCAUCUUUACCCUGAGCCACAGAAGAUUGAUUACAAAGAAAUUGUCCAGCACAUUAAAAACAGUGGCAGAAUUAUUUAUAUCUGUGGGCCUUUGGAUACCUUCCUGAAGAUAAUGUACCAGUUUCACACAGAAGGGCUGUCUACAGAAGACUAUGCCAUUUUCUAUGUGGAUGUCUUUGCAGAAAGUCUCAAAGCUGAUGCAUUCAGGGGGCCCAACAAGCCUUGGCAGAACACAGAGGACCAGUGGCACAACCCAUUGGAGGUGUUUAAGACAGUAUUUGUGAUAACAUACAGGGAACCAAACAACCAGGAAUACUUAGACUUUCAGAAGAAACUUCAUGCCAGAGCAAAACAAGAUUACAAUGUGAGCCUGGAGUACUCUCUGGUGGAUUUUAUAGCAGGCUGUUUCUAUGAUGGAGUCAUGCUGUAUGCUAAGGCUCUUAACGAGACUUUAGCAGAAGGGGGUUCCCAGAAGGACGGCAUACAGAUUACACAGAGAAUGCGAAACCAGAAGUUCUGGGGUGUCACAGGUCUAGUGACCACAGACAACAACAAUGACAGAGAGACUGAUUUCAAUCUGUGGGCAAUGGCAGAUCACAAGACCGGAGAGUACAGGAUAGUUGCUCAUUUUAAUGGAACAAAUAAACAAAUUAUCUGGGCAUUGAACGAAAGAAUCCAGUGGCCAAAAGGGUACCCUCCACUGGAUAACCCUCCUUGCGUAUUUGACACAGAUGACCCCUCCUGCAAAGAAGAUAAUAUUUCAGUGUUUCAAAUUGUGGCUUUGGGAGCCGGCCUUGCCCUAACAAUUUUUGGAAUAUCCAGCUUUUUGAUAUACAGAAAGCUGAAACUGGAGAAGGAGCUGGCUGGCAUGUUGUGGAGGAUUCGCUGGGAGGAGCUUCAGUUUGGAAACCCGGAAAAAAACCACAAGAGUGCAGGCAGCAGACUCACUUUAUCUCAGCGAGGCUCCAGCUAUGGCUCCAUAAUAACAGCACAUGGGAAAUAUCAGCUUUUUGCAAAAACGGGCUAUUUUAAGGGUAAUUUGGUGGCAAUCAAGCAUGUGAGCAAGAAGAGGAUUGAACUGACCAGACAAGUGCUAUUUGAACUAAAGCAUAUGAGGGACGUCCAGUUCAACCAUUUAACCAGGUUCAUUGGUGCCUGCAUUGACCCACCAAAUAUCUGCAUUGUGACGGAGUACUGCCCACGAGGAAGUCUACAGGACAUACUAGAAAACGAGAGCAUUAACCUUGACUGGAUGUUCCGCUAUUCCCUCAUUAAUGACAUAGUAAAGGGAAUGGCAUUUUUACACAACAGCUACAUUGGGUCACAUGGAAGUCUGAAAUCAUCGAACUGUGUCGUGGAUAGUCGAUUUGUAUUGAAAAUAACGGAUUACGGACUGGCUAGUUUUAGAUCUUCAAAUGACAAUGAAGACUCGUAUGCACUCUAUGCAAAAAGGAUUUGGACAGCCCCAGAGUUAUUGAGAUAUGCAAGACCCCAUCCACAAGGCACCCAGAAAGGGGAUGUAUACAGCUUUGGGAUAAUCCUACAGGAAAUAGCACUGAGGAAUGGGCCAUUUUACAUUGAAGGGAUGGACCUUAGUCCGAAAGAGAUUGUGCAGAAAGUAAGGAAUGGACAGAAACCCUACUUCCGACCCACGAUUGACACUAAUUUUCACAGUGAGGAGCUGGCCAUCCUCAUGGAAAGAUGCUGGGCUGAAGACCAAACAGAGCGGCCGGAAUUCAGCCAUAUAAAAAUAUUCAUCAGGAAAUUUAACAAAGAGGGCAGUACCAGUAUCUUGGACAACCUCCUGUCUCGAAUGGAGCAGUAUGCAAACAACCUGGAGAAACUGGUUGAGGAAAGAACACAUGCCUACUUGGAAGAAAAAAGAAAAGCAGAAAAUCUGCUUUACCAAAUCUUGCCUCACCCUGUGGCUGAACAGCUGAAGCGAGGUGAGUCAGUUCAAGCCGAGGCUUUUGACAGCGUGACAAUUUACUUCAGUGACAUUGUGGGAUUCACGUCAAUGUCAGCAGAAAGCACGCCAUUGCAGGUUGUGACCUUGCUUAAUGAUCUGUACACCUGCUUUGAUGCCAUAAUUGAUAACUUUGAUGUUUACAAGGUGGAAACUAUUGGUGAUGCAUACAUGGUGGUGUCUGGCCUUCCUGUAAGAAACGGCACGCUGCAUGCACGGGAGAUAGCCAGCAUGUCAUUAGCAUUACUUCAAGAGGUGAAGACAUUUAAAAUACAACACAGACCCAACGACCAGCUGCGACUACGGAUAGGAAUUCACACAGGUACGGUGUGUGCAGGUGUGGUCGGUUUAAAAAUGCCCAGAUACUGCUUAUUCGGUGAUACUGUCAACACUGCAUCUCGGAUGGAGUCAAGUGGAGAACGUGAGACACCAUUUUCCUUUCAUCAUCCUAAUAUACUCCUUGAAGGUUCACGUUUCCUCAGCAACCAAAGAGGUAUUGGAUGAGUUUGGUUAUUUUAACCUAGAACUGCGUGGUGAUGUGGAAAUGAAGGGUAAGGGCAAAAUGAGAACAUACUGGCUGCUGGGUGAAAGAACAGAUGCUGAUGUCAUGUGAUAACUCUACCAUCUGCAGAACGUUUGUACAGAAUACUAGAAAUAGUAUAGUAUAGGUACAGGAUAUUACUGUAUUUUAUUUGUUCUAAAAUAAAUACCGAAUAUGUUCGUUUUUGAAAGUGCGAGAAGAAUAAAGCAAAUUUAAAAAGACACCUUUAACCCAAAAGGUAUUUUCCAGGUAUAUUUCAUACCUGUUCAAAGCUGCAAAUAUGUAAAGAAAUUGUUUUUUAUGGAAUACUUUUUUUUCUUAUGAAAUGGAGUACUAAACUCUUUAUUUUUUGUGCUUUCUACAUUAAGAUUUAUAUAAUGUGUUUAGAAAUUUGAUUAUAUAUAAAUAUAAUAUUUUCUCCUUAUACAAGCUGUAUAUAUGUGUAUCUAAGAUAUUGCUAAAUAUUUUGUUCAAAUAAACUGAAUAAAAUGCA